UCAAACACAAGCUAUUAUACUGGAGAGUUACUAGGAUUCAUUUCCCUGCGUAAGCAAUUAGCAAUGGAAGAGGUGAAGGAGGUGAAGCUCCAUGGGUAUGUGAAGAGCGGUUACAGCACCAUGGUGCACUAUGCACUUAGGCUCAAGGGCGUGUGCUACGAGUAUGUGGAGGAGGAUCUGAAAAACAAGAGCGAGGAGCUUCUUUCGCUGAACCCAGUCUACAAAAAGGUCCCGGUUCUCGUCGUGGACGGCCGGCCCAUCGCCGAGUCGCUGAUCAUCUUGGAGUUCGUCGAUGAGGUCUGGAAGGAUAAUAAUCCGUUUCUACCGCAAGAUCCUUACGAGAGAGCCAAGGUUCGGUUUUGGGCCCAGUUUUUCUACCAAAAGUUAGUUCCAGGUGGUUAUGCCAUCCGAAACUCCGAGGGAGAGGCGCGAAAGAAGGCGGCAGAAGAGUUCGUCGACAGCCUGAUCAUACUGGAAGAAGGUCUUCGUAAGGACUUGUACACCGGCGUCCCAUUUAUUCACGGCGAGAGGCCCGGCCUGCUUGACGUAAUCCUCAGCGGGUCGCAUUCGACGUUCAACUACCUCGGAGGCCUUGCAGGGGUGAAGCUACUGGAGAAGGAAAGAAUGCCGAUCCUUUGUUCCUCCCUCGACGCCUUUGUUGAGCUCGAUGCGAUCAAAAGCAUGGCUCAGGACUUCAAGAUCCCCAAGCCGCCCGCACCGUCGGCGGCUUAGAAAGGGAACACCACUGCAGGGAAGGUGAGAGAUAUGAGUGAUUAUUCAACUAUUCAGAGAGUCCACAAGUACCAACCUUUGCCUAGUGCCAAUGUAAUGCAUUUUGUUUUCACUUCUCUUCGUGAUGUAAUAAGGAUAGAGACUUGGCUCUGAAUUUGUUGAUCUUGUAGUUGGGUUCAAAGUAGUAAGGAUUUUUAUUGCACUAAAUAAACACCCAUGGAAUUGGUUAA